CGAACCGAAAAUAAAAACCACUCUCACCUACACACCAAAAAACCAGCAACAAAAAAAUAAUUACAAUUUUGCAAAAAUAAUUAAAUCAGAUAGAAAAUAUUCAGAUUCAUUUUUCAGUAAUUUUUUUUACCAAAUUCAUUUUCGUUUUACGUAUGUGAGAAGUUUUCUUGUUUCACACAAUUCCUCAUCCCUAUUAACUCAGUGGGAUUUUUCUGCUACAGCUACCGAGUCAACUCGCUCUAUACUCUAUGAUUGUGUACUUGAGGUGCAUGUGGUUGAUAUUCAAUGGAAACUGUGGUUGGAAUUGAGGAUAAUGAUGAUGGGAAGCUUGAAGACAGUGUGGUUGAUAGAAGCAGUUCUGCAGCUUUGUCUUCUUCACCCAAAAAAAUUUCUAACCCGGUUGUGUACAAACUUGUUCGGGUUGAAGGUGAUGGGAGGUUAGUGCCUGCAACAGAUGAUGAAGUAAUGGAGGUGGAGGAUUUUCUAGAAUAUGAGAACAGUGAAAUGCGUGUUGUUGCAGACACGGGACAGAGUUUGGAAUGCAUAUCAAUCGAAAGAUCAUCUUCUGGAAAGCUUCGAUUGGAGUGCUCAGAAGGUGUUUCACAAUUAGGCACCGCAGAGGCAGAUUUAGGGAAGCUAAAUGCAAAGUUUCAGUACAUUGAACAGAUGCUGCAAAAGGUUAAACAGGAAGAGAGACUUCGCUUGUCGUCUCGAUCACCUGUUCAUUCUCAUGUAAAAAUAGAUAGCCAGUGUUCUGCUGAUAAAUUUCCUGUCGUAAAUGAGAAGGUUCGGUCUGAAACUCCAUACCAGGAAGCACCUUCAAUAGCAUCGAGUUUAAAUUAUAGUCAUAGUAAUCAAUCUGGGAGUAUUGAUCAGUGUUCCAGACCUUCAGAAGGAGUAAUAGAAAGUGGAUCAUCUGCUUCUGAUGUCUAUUCCACAUCGAAGCAUAAUUUUUCCAUGCCAGAAGGAGAAAUAUGUUUGGACAAGUUGUCGAUCAAAGAACUUCAUGAACUGUUUAAGGUCACUUUUGGUCGGGAAACUACAGUGAAAGAUAAACAGUGGCUGAAGAGGAGGAUUGCCAUGAGUUUAACUAACUCAUGCGAUGUUUCCGCAACAACAUUUACUGUUAAAGAUAACAAAAUAACUAGAAAAUGUGAAGAAGAAUGUUCUGGAAAUGCGAGUGCUGCAGCUGUAAUCUCUGUCAAAAAUAUGGCUGGAGAGGGUUGUGGAAUUGAGGAUAACCAGGUUGCUUCUGAAACCAGACUGAAGAAUCUUAAUGUGGAAAAUGAAUUGAGAGAUGAGGAUCAGCAGAGGGAAGAGAGAGCUGCGAAAAGAAUACGUAAGCCCACUAAGAGAUAUAUUGAAGAGCUCUCUGAAAAUGAAUCUAGAGAACACAUUCCUAGGUCGUCAAGUUCUAAUAAAAACAUCGGACAUGGACAUGUUUCUCCAACAGCUUACGUCGAGCCUGCUAGGAGUGCUUUUCCAGAGGCAAGAAUGUUUAUCACCAGGUUUGACUCUCUUGGAGGUUCUGAUGUUCAAAUUCCUUGUGUUUCUCGGGUCCGAAGAAGUCGUCCAAGGAAAAAUAUCAAGUCUCUUAUGAAAUUCCUUCCGACUGGCGUGGGUGAGGCUGCAAAAUUGAGCAAUGGUUCUGAUGCUGAUAGUGAGAUUCAGGACAAAGUCUCGAAGCCAUGUUCCAUGCCUGUGAAGAUGCAUCUGCUGUCCACUACUGAAUCUGUAAAAGAGAAGCAGUGUCUGGUAAUUGGCACAACUGAACCAAGGCAGGAAUUGAGGCCAAAAAGGAUAGAUCCAUCUAGUAAUACUUCGGAGGGCGAUAUAGUUACUGUUCCGACAGCUAAAGGUGGUAUGAGGAGGAAACAUCAUCGAGCAUGGACCCUUGUUGAGGUAAUGAAGUUGGUUGAAGGUGUGUCGCGGUGUGGACCAGGGAGGUGGUCUGAGAUCAAACGGCUCUCCUUUUCUUCGUAUUCAUAUCGUACCUCUGUUGAUCUCAAGGACAAGUGGAGGAAUUUGCUCAAAGCUAGCUUUGCACAGACACCUGCAGAUGAGGGGAUGAAUUCACGGAAGCAUGGUACAGCGCCAAUUCCGGAGCCAAUUUUAGUCCGCGUAAGAGAGCUGGCAGAGAUGAAUUCUCAGGCACCUCAAAAUUUCAGCUCAAGCAAGUUAACUGCUAGUGGUCCAGGGAGUGUGCAUGGAGACAGAUUGGGGUACUUGUAGUAAUGUUGUUUGUAAAUAUUACCAAAUUGCUUAACUCUGCAAAAAUUCUAAAAAACAAAAAAUUAUUAACUUGUGUUUUUCUUUAAAACCCAAUCCUUUUUUUGAUGCAUAGAGUCUAGAACCGUAUAUAAUAAUAGAAUGUUAAUGUUUAAGUUCUUCAUUAUGGAUGUUUUGAUCGAUGUAAAUCGUUUUGAGUAAAUUAGAAUUAACUAAUAGAUUUUUAUUU